AAGAAACAAUUCCAUUUCUUAUUUGGAGCCCAGAGUUGUUAGUGGUCUUCCAAACUUGGUGCAGCUGUGUGUAUCGUGUAUAGUAAUAGAUCAAUGCUCGGUUAAUGAAGUUGCUAAAGUUGUAUAUUUUUUCCUAGGGAUUUGACUGGAAACUUGCUUACGUACAUCUCAAAAGAUGGCCUUUCAAGACUGAUGUUUCUUCGUGAGCUCAUUCUCAAAGAUAAUCCAAUUCAGACGAUUGAAUCAGGAGCGUUUGAAAAUCUCACAUCACUAAAUAUACUAGAUCUUAGCAAGACCCUCAUCAAAACGUUUCCGAACUUUACCACUCGUUCGUCUAUACGGCAUUUAUAUCUAGACUGGACCAACAUUGAGGAGCUGAAAGCGAAGAGCUUGAUAUUUUGUCCGACAUUGAAAAGCCUGCAUCUUGAAGGCUCGCGAAUCAAACAAUUACACAGUGGAGUAUUCCAAUACACGAGAAACCUGAAGUUUUUGUUGAUGCGAAAUUCAUCGUUGGAGUUUAUAGAAGACGGAGCAUUUGAUGGUGUGCAACUGCGUGCAUUAGAUCUGUGUGGGACGAAUAUUCGUUCAAAUCCUAUUCGAGGAUUUCAGGAUUCGGUACAUUUGAGUGUUCACGACAUUCACAGCCUGUGGCUCCUUCACGCUACUAAAGUUCUUCGUGUAAGAAAAUUCUUACAAUCAUAUCGCUUUCACUGCAAGUACAUCAGUGAUGGUUUCGUUGAUAGAAAUAGUCGUUUUGCGAAGGGCACGCGAAAGAAAGAGAAGGUUAACAAAUCCAUUUUGAAUGAAACGUAUAAGUCUACUUUAUCGUUACUUCUACGAUCCAUAAAGAACCUACUCAGUCGUAUGAAAUCCUCAUCGCAUGUAAGGCUAGCAAAGAGGAAGAGAAUUCUUUCGUUGAUGAAGUCCUGUUUCAGCUAUACAUAUGAUGAUUCCAUUUUUUUUGGUUGUGAAAAUUCCUUGUUUUUGUUUUCGUUGAAUCCUUCGCCCUCGGUAUUUCCUGACGUGAGAAUUUCACUAUGGCAACGCGUUUUUGAAUGUCAAGUGGAGGAGGAAUCGCUGAAGCCAUGUGAUGAUUUUCUUCAUCCUCAAGUGAUUCAAGUAGGCAGGUGGUUUAUCGCAAUCUUUGCUACCAUAGGAAACCUUGUCGCUUUACUAGUGAUGUUAUUGAGUCGUCGUAAGGUCAGCAAUCGCAAGCUAUUGAUGUGCAGUCUUACCCUCUCGAGUCUUUGCCUCGGUGUUUAUUAUCUUAUACUGGCUUCUGUCGACGUCCACACUACUGGAGAAUACGGUCACUACUCACUCAAAUGGCGACAUAGCUUUACAUGCAAAAUGAGCGGUUUUUUGGCCGUGUUCUCCACGGAAUUAUCCGUACUAACGCUGGAUAUAUUAACCAUGGAACGAUAUUAUACCAUAUCUUUUCCUCUGCGAUCCCAAAAAUGGUUGACAAUUAAACAGACGACGGCAUUUCUGGCAAUAAGUCUCCUAGCCUCGCUCGUCUUUGACCUUCCGCUGACCGGUGUAAGUUCGUACACCGAGGUCUCGUAUUGUUUACCGUUUGACGUCAGCAGUCUACUUUCCAAAAGUUAUGUGACUUUCCUUCUGAUUUUCAACAGCGUUUCUAUGUUCGGCAUUGUUUUUGCAUAUGCGAGAAUAUACGCAAAUAUUAAUCGCGCACAAGCGGGUUCUUCGAAUUUCCAUAUCGCGAAAAAAAUGACAGUUAUCGUGCUGAUAAACUUCUCUUGUUGGACUCCCAUUGCUGUCUUUUCACUUCUCGCCAUUUACGGUAAUCCACUAGUCGAUAUUAGAACAUCAAAUAUCCUAUUGCUCUUCAUCUAUCCGAUCAAUGCAAUAACAAAUCCAUUUUUGUAUUACAUCAUUACGCGUCAAUUCUAUCAAGAUCUGAAGGUGGCGAAGGGAUAUUGUUUUAGAGCGUUGUGUUGCUCGAAUUCGGAGCUCGUUGGAUGGGAAAGACCUAGUUCUUUUCGAGCUAGUCUUUCGAGAACGACGACAAUGUCGUCUUCACGGACUUCUGAAAAUAACAAGCGUUUGCACUCGAGUAAAGAAGCCUUUGGAAGGUGCGGAAACACGGAUACACAAUGGGAUAAAAGGAACAUUUCGAGGUCGGGUGCCACUGAAGUAUGACGAAGACAUCUGCAUCAAAUAUUUAUGUUGUUAAACAAAGGGGAAUGUUUUAGUAGGAAAAACAUGGUCUACAUUUUGUUCCCAGCAAAAUUAAGUAAGAAAAGCUGUAGUUUAUAUCAUCCAUCUUGAUAGGAAGAACAAACUUAUCACACAGCCCUGAUACUGUACCACAAUCAUUCAUCAUGAUAAGAAGAACAAACCUAUAACCUAGGCCAGAUACUGAACUACAAUCAUCCUUCUUGAUAAGAAGAACAAAUUUAUCAGACAGGCCAGAUACUGAACUACAAUCAUUCAUCAUGAUAAGAAGAACAAACUUAACACCCAGGCCAGAUACUGAACCACAAUCAUUCAUCAUGGUAAGAAAGACAAAGAUCUCGUUUUAUGUAUGAGAAAUAUAUUCGAUUUUCAUUGCAUAGUUUGACCUGCAUGUUUCAAACGUUGAGCUUCAAAUGAGCCGAAUGCAAAAGCAAAAGCGAAUACCGUAUGUGGCUAUGUUUAAUAGUGAUGACUAUCAUCCGCAGCAAAGAUUAAUUUACUGAACGGAACAGCAUGACUUACCGAUGCAAAGCUGUAACUAAAGCAAGAGAAAGAUCCACUUCUUAAUAUGUGUUCUGCCACUGUGUAACUUCAAAUGCUUUGGCACUUUGCCCCGUUGUUACCUCAUUAAAUGAAGCAUUAAACUGUGUUUCCGAUGAGUUGCUAGAUGUUUUUGACUGCCUGUAUAGUCAAAAGGGUGUAGCAGUCUCAAUGGUCUCCCAGUCUCUGGAACUUUCCUUUUUUACAACGCGCAUGUGCAACUCAGCGGUGCUGCCUCACAAUGUUUUCUCGUGGUCUGAGUAGUCUUCGUUCUUACUGGCUGUCGCUUCUUCACUGUAACACUAAUGGGAGCGAAUCAUUCACUACUUGAAGAAUGGAAAUCAUCAAGAUGGUUUGACAAAAAAUCAGCAAAUAGGUGGUUCGUCGCCAAACGAAAAAUACUAUGUGGAUUUAUAUAGAGUGAAAAUAUUUAUCGUGAAUUAUUUAAUUAUCGUAGUAAAAUAAUAAAAUAUAAAACAAUUUAAAAUUGCCUUGCAACAACUAACAACAAUGUGUAAAGCCACGAAAUAAAGAUAAAGACUAUAUA